UAAAUCAACGUUGAGUCCGUUCUCGUUCCGCCUUGAGUCGAUCCGAUCUCUGGCGAUGCCGAGUCUCACCGCUCCUCUCCGGCCGCCCUCCGGCGCCGGCGCCUCGUCCUCCUCGGGCUCGAGCUUCACGUCGCGGGUCAUCCUCCUCCUCACGGUGCUCCCCCUGGCCCUGGCCUCCUUUGCCUUCGUGCUCCAGUGGCGCGGUGGGCUCAACGACCCCGCUUCCGCGUGGCCGACCGACACACAGAGGUUCCCCGGCAUGGAGAAUAGCCCCAUCGGCUCCUCCUCGUCCUUUUUCUCGGUUUCUUCCUCCUCGUCUUCGUCGGAUUGCGCUGAGAUCUUGGGUAGGAGUUCCUCCCCUUCCUUCCCUUUCUACCAUGGUUGGAAGUUCGAUUUCGACUCCGAUCCUCGUCCAAAGAUAUGUAUUACCUCAAGCACUUCAGCUGGCCUCGAGCAGAUUCUUCCAUGGUUGUUUUACCACAAAGUCAUAGGGGUUACGACCUUCUUUCUGUUUGUCGAAGGGGAAGCUGCAAAACCAGCUGUCUCCACUGUCCUUGAAUCGAUUCCUGGGGUGAAGGUCAUCUACAGGACUAGCGACCUUGAAGAGAAACAAGCAAAAAGCCGUGUUUGGAAUGAGACUUGGCUGUCAGGCUUCUUCUACAAACCAUGUAAUUAUGAACUGUUUGUGAAACAGUCCCUUAACAUGGAGAUGGCUAUUGUUAUGGCACGGGAUGCUGGUGUUGACUGGAUAAUACAUCUAGAUACUGAUGAGUUGAUAUAUCCAGCUGGUGCUCGAGAGUAUUCUUUGAGGCAAUUGCUGUCAGACAUACCUAGCAAUGUUGACAUGGUCAUCUUUCCAAAUUAUGAAAGUAGCAUUGAACAUGAUGACAUCAAAGAUCCUUUUACCGAGGUAUCCAUGUUUAAGAAGAAUUAUGACCAUCUUCCAAAGGAUACAUAUUUCGGUCUUUACAAGGAAGCAACACGUGGUAAUCCAAACUACUUCCUUACUUAUGGGAAUGGAAAAUCAGCUGCAAGAAUUCAAGAUUUUCUUCGUCCUAAUGGUGCACAUAGAUGGCACAACUACAUGAAGACCCCAAAUGAGAUCAAAUUGGAUGAGGCUGCAAUUCUACAUUACACCUAUGCAAAGUUCUCUGACUUAACCUCAAGACGUGAUCGGUGUGGCUGUAAGCCAACAAAGGAGGAUGUCAAAAGGUGUUUCAUUUUGGACUUUGACAGAGACGCUUUUAUUAUUGCAUCUACCGCCACUGAGGAAGAAAUGCAUCAUUGGUACCGUGAUCGUGUCGUAUGGACUGACAAACAGAUCAAUUUGAAACUUUUGAGGAAGGGCAUCUUGACUCGUAUAUAUACACCCAUGGCUAUUAUUCAUGGUCUGAAGGAAUCCGGUGUCUUCAGUAAUGCGGUUGCUUCUGCAAAAUCGCUCUCCAAGGAGAAAUUUUUGUCUUCCAUGGAGAAACUUCAAAAUAGAAGUUCUCUAGUGCCCAAUUCCGUGACUGCUGGAACACAGUCUCUGCCAAGUAGCAACAGGAAAAUAGGAAGUCACACUGAAUCCCAAGCGACUGGAAGAAAGGUCUUGGAGAUUUCCGUCAUCCAGGAGAAAGCAGUUCUACCUUCGUCGCCCCCAAGAUUGGAAGAUCUUCACAGGGAGUUUCAUGAAUAUCUUGCAAAUUGAAAUGCCAGGGCGAUAUAUAUGCAGAAGCAAGAACCCACGACGAGCGUUGACGGCCAGAAUCCAACAAGCUGCUCUUAACUUCUAAAUUUGAUGCUGUUUUUGUCAUCGAGGGGGCCAGAUUCAGAUUGCAUUCUAUCUAGAAAUUUGGCUGCCAAUCUUCACAGUAGUUAUCAUCUUUAAAUACUUUCGUACAACCAAAUUAUGUAUGUUGUUAACAGUAAUGAGAAAGCAGAGACAUACACAUUCAUUUC